AGCUGUUUUCUGUCAUUUUCAGAAGAAUUUAAUGAACUACUACAUAAUAUAAACUUUUGAUUAGUAAAAUUUUACUUAGAAGAUUUAAAAAUUUUUAUGUUACAUUAUAUUGAUUUAAUUAAAUCAUGAUAAUUGAUAUGUGUUAAUAGUAUAACCUUUUAGCAAAGGAAUUCAAUCAUUAAAGCAGUAACAUUUAUAUAAAGCAGUAACAUUUAUAUAAAGCUUGUUUUCUUUAUAAUUAUUUUCCUUGAAAGUUUACUUAUAUAGUUAUCAUAUUUAUUAGCAAAAUGGAUAUUCUGAAAGCAGAGAUAAUGAAGAAACGCAAGGAAUUGGAAGAAAGUCGUGUCCUAGAGAACAAUAAGAAAUAUUUCAAAAGGAGUCAAUUAAUAUCAAAAGAGCAGGAAGUGCAUGAAACUGAUAAGAAGAACAACGAAGCUACUCCAUCAAACACUAAUCAACAGUCAGAGGAAUCUGUAGCAGACAGCAGCUCUGAUCACUUGCUAUCAAGACAAGAAGUGGUUAGGCGAUUACGUGAACGAACAGAGCCCAUAUUAUUAUUUGGCGAAUCUGAAAUAGAAGCAUUCAAGAGAUUAAGGAAAUGUGAAAUUCUUGAACCAGAAGUAAAUAAGGGCUUUAGAAAUGAUUUUCAAGAGGCCAUGGAACAAGUGGAUCAAGCAUAUCUUAACGAAAUCUUAACAUCCUCAAAAUCUCAAAGUCUUGAUGGAAAAGGAGAUGUAAAUGUACCUGAUGAGGGUGUUACCUACGAGGAUAUACAAAAAAUGUCGACUAAACUAAACAAGGGGGACAAAGAAUUUGAUAUGAAUGUCAUCACUCUAUUUGUACAAUAUCUGGUUCAGAUGUGGGGCAUUCAAUUAAACAGCCGGUCAACUGCUGAAAAAAUGGGCACAAAAGGAAAAAUGAAUAGUGCCACGUAUGCCCAAACAAGAGAGUAUUUAAAGCCGCUUUUAAGGAAGUUGAAAAAUAAAUCUCUCCCAGAGGAUAUAACUGAUAGUUUAACAGAAAUCGUUAAACACUUACUACAGCGUAAUUAUAUAUUGGCUAGUGAUGCUUAUUUGCAAAUGGCUAUAGGCAACUCUCCAUGGCCUAUUGGUGUCACUAUGGUUGGUAUUCACGCUCGUACUGGCAGGGAGAAAAUCUUUUCGAAGAAUGUCGCUCAUGUCAUGAACGAUGAAACUCAGAGAAAAUAUAUUCAAGCACUCAAGAGACUGAUGACUAAAUGUCAAGAGUAUUAUCCUACAGAUCCUUCACGUUGUGUAGAAUAUGCAAAAAAUUAAUUUUUAUGAUAAAAUGCACAAAAUAAAAUAAUAUACUUUGCGAUAUACUUUGAGUUAUAAAAGUAAUUUGUCAGCUUAUUAUUAUUGCAUCAAAAAUUAAUUGAUUGCUAAACAUCUUAAAAUAAAGUAAAUUUGUUAUGAAUUUCUGAGAUAGUCAAUAGGUAACAUACUGUAUAUAUGUAUAUUGUAUAUAUUUUUUAUAAUAAACUGUAGUAAUACCAUGAA